CUUAACUCCUUCUGUAAUCGUGUUCCGGACUUUCGAGGAUCUUGAACAUUGUGCUGACUCCUUUUUCGAAGACAACAAGGACAUUCCUCUCAUGAUCGCAGUAGCAUACUCACCAAAACCGUUGUCAACAACAUCUUUUCCCCAAGCCGACUUGGAUCCAGCAGUGGAGUGGACUGAGAUUCGCAGAGGCUUCGUUUUGCCGAAGUGGUGGAGUCCAGACAGUCAUGAUGCACAUCUGUUGAAUGUGCAAAACCGAACCAAGAGCAGUUGUGCAACUGCCACUGCCCUGGAGAAAAAUCUUCUUCCUGGUGGUUGUGAAUCUUCAAUUUCCAACAUGCAACGCGAGUAUGACCAGUCUCUUGAGGACGAGCAACAUGAAACAUC